CCAAGUCAAAAUCGCCGCAGACCACCCUUUUGCUCAGGGAGAAGACCGCAUCAGCACUUAUGAUUUUGAUACCCAUGACUGUAUUGAAUAUCAGCACUGAAUGGCUUAUAGGCUAAUCACUCACAUAGAUGGCUUAUAUCUCAGUCCAUCACGCGCGCCUAAAUAUGACCCACCAUGUCCCUUCCAUCUACUGGCUAGCAUCUAUCUAGACGGACGUCAUAAACCCGAGCGCCGCACAAUCGUAUAUCUGGAUCCUGCACAUAAGCACUACAAUGAUGGACCGACUUACAUGAGAUCACGCUGGGUAAAGCACGAGGACGGAAUAAUCAAGUCUCAUAAAUGGGUGUUCAAAGAUGCUGUAGGGAUCGAGACUAUGCUCGAUAAGAUGAUAAUCGCGGGAGAGCUCCCCAUUCAAGGCAGUCUGGACAAGGAUCAGGAUGAUUUAGUCGCCGCCCUCAAUGCAUCAACAAUUCAGGCUGGGACAAGAGACGAAGAUUGCCGAGAUUCAUCAGUUGGCAGUAUCAUGAUCACCGUACAACGGGUGACAGUAGGAAAUAUCAAAACCGAGAAGCACUACCAACCGAGUCACACAUUGAAAGACAAGGAAGAUGUCGAUAUGGAUGGAGCAUCAAGUCACAUUGCAAAACCAACUGAGGAAGGUGACGUGGUAAGUGGGUUGCAAGAAUCAGUUCAGGUGAUUGAAUAUAGCCCAUACACACUGGAUGAAGAAGAUAUGUAUGCAACUUUCAAGUUUCUAUACCGCAGUAAAGGUGAGUCCACAUUUUAUCCAAUGCACAGGCUGCAUAGGUAAAGUAUCGGUUGCAUAGUGAUCUCUUAAGGCUUUCUUCGCAAGUGCUAAAUACUAGAUUAGCCGUCCUCCAAAAGUUCGACUUUCCCGAAUUCGCUUUGCAAAUGAAAGCAAAACCACGGGCUGGCGGCAGCCGACAUUUCAGCCACUUGAUGGCCAAAACUAUUCCUCUGAGCAUCACGGAUCCGACCAAGUCCAAUCCUGGUCCCAGGAAGAACGACGCCAAAUCUUCCCCAUCGGCUCUUGUACUUCGUGUCACCAAUACUGAUGGCAAACUUGUCGUCU